UAAAGUGAAUGUAGAACUCCAGGAUAGACCUAGAGGAAUGUUAUUGCAUACAGCACAGAGAUGCCAUUACAUCUUUACCACAAGGGAUCUCUCCAUUAUAUUCAAGAAUUUAUGCCUUUCACUCCAGCCAGAUUGUGCCCACAGAGAUUUAUUGUUACUAUGGCAACAUGAAUGCGCCUGGGUAUAUGGACAUCGUUUAGUGACAGAAGUGGAUCACAAAAGAUAUAAACAAGCUUUUGUAAAUGCUGUCAGAAAGGAAUUCUCUAGUGAUGAACAGAUUCGCCUAGUGGUAUCUAAUAGACAGCCAUUAUUCAGUAACUUGAUUGAACAAGACAGUGGUGUAGUUACAGCUGGUAUGAUUGAUGCUCGACACAUCUCUAACAUCUCGGAGGAGGAAGCAAAGGCAGAUCUUUACAAACCUAGGUUUAAUAUGAAAGAUGUGAAAGAUCUAAUGAUCAAAGGAGUGGAGGAAUACAACAAAAUACAUCCCAGGAUCAAGUUAGCUCUUUAUAAGACUGUUGUUGAACAAGUAUGUAGAUUAGCUCGUACUAUAGCUUCCCCUCAAGAAAGUGCCCUCACAGUACCAGUAGUUGAGGGAUGUGCUGGUCGCUGCACUGUCAUUGCUAAGUUAGCCUCUCAUCUCUGUGGAUAUACCGUGUUCCAAGUCAGUCCAUGCUCUCUACAGAGUUCAGGGGAAUAUAAGAUGGAGCAGUUCAAAUCAGACUUAGUGGAGUGUUAUACCAGAGCAGGUUCCAGGUGUGAGAAGAUUCUGUUACUGUUAAAUGAAGAAGAGCUGAUGGAAGAAGAUUUCUUGGUGUUUUUGAUAGAAUUUAUUGUCUCAGGAUCUAUCAGUCAUUUGUUUACUUAUGAAGAACAAACAACAAUUAUAAACUCUAUAAGGACUGAAGUGACCUUAGCUGGUCUGACAUACACUCAGGACACAGCUUGGAACUUCUUCCUGGAUAUCGUCCGAAAUAACUUCUGUGUUUGUAUGAUUGCAUGUGAUGGUGGUCAACAGUUUCAAAGACGAUGCAGAGAAUACCCAGAAUUUACUGAAAAUGUUAACUUCCUGUGGUUCCCUCAUUGGUCCAAGUCCAGACUCAUUGAGCAUGCAUUGUACCAUCUUAAGGAUGUUGAAUGGAUGAAUGAUGUUCAGAGAGAGAAUAUAGCUCACAUGAUGGCUUCUAUGCACCUCAUCCUCAGACAACAAGAUGGCGGUGAGAAAGAUGCAGGGGAAUACAGACAUGUGACUAAUACAUCUUUUGAAAAGUUUGUUGAAAGAUACAUCUCCUUGGCUAAUACCAAACACUUUGAAAUCAAUGACAUUAAUAUAGCUGUAUCUAAAUCAUUGAAGCAGAUCAAAAGUGAAAAUGAGGUUGCUGUCAAAUUGAGGAAACAAUUGGAGCAUGAAAUGGUAUUUCUAGAGGAAAGGAAAGCUAGUGCUGUGAAAUUUUUAUGUCAAAUUGGACAAGAUACAGCCAUCACGGAACAACAGAUCAAAGUUGUCAAAGCACAGCUGGAAAAAAUAUCUAAACUUAAAAAGUUAUUACCAGAGUAUCGGAUAGCAGAACAGAGAGCUGUGUUUAAAACAACCCAGAUUUAUGGUGACACAAUGAAGGAGGUAGAGAAAAUGAACCUAGACAAACACAGUCUGGGAGAACUGAGAGGGAGGAGUAAAUCACCUCUAGAUAUUGAAGAUCUAAUGGCAGCUGUUAUUAUGAUAUUGAAGUCACCAUCAGCUGAUCUAACUUGGCAGAAAGGUGCAAAGAGACAAAUGGCAAACUUAGAAAGAUUCAUUGAUGAAAUGAUGGUAUUUGACAAGAAUCAGCUACCAGAGUCUACUUUGAAUUUAGUAGAACCUUACCUGAAAAAGGCCUCAUUUGACCCUGAUACUCUUGAGAAAAAGACUGGAAACCCAGCUUGUGGAUCACUCUGUAGAUGGGUUAGAGGUGUUGUAUGGUACAACAGAAUGAUAAUAUCCAAGAUGGAACCACUUCAUAAGAAGGUCAAGGAGACUGCACAGCAAGUCGAUGAUGCAGAACAUAGAAUGGCAAACUUAGAGAAGAAAAGAAAGAUGCCAGAAUUGUGGGAAGACAUUAACGUUGAUGUUAUUCUCUCACGGACAGUUGACCAGACAGGACCAUGUGCCAAUCACAGACCUGCAGAUGAUAAAAAAACUACAGUGUUACAACCUGGUAGUAGAUACUCAGUAGUCAGUCGAGCAGCUUGCUUAGAACCAGAGAAAGAAUAUAAGAUAAGAAUUGAAUUCAAUAGUUACAAGACUAACCAGGCUACACCUGAUGCAACUACACUGAUCGAUUCUAUUGUUUUGACUCCAAACAUAGAUAGUAUUCCAAUGUUUCAUGGUAUUGGUUAUCCAGAAUACAUGAAAAAUGAAUUUAUUCGUUACCGAUGUCGUGAAUCUCAAUUGUCAGUCUACCAGCUAGAACUCCAGGACUUCUGUAGACAGCUCACUUUCAGUAUUUCUUCCAUUAUUCACCAGAAAGCUCUUGAGUGUCAAUGUGAUCCAAUGGGAUCUUUAAGUAGUGAAUGUGAAUAUGCUGGUGGUCAGUGUAGAUGUAAACCUAAUGUUGUUGGUCACAGAUGUAACAAGUGUGCUCCUGGUACAGAUGAUUUUGGACCAGAUGGAUGCAAACCUUGCAUCUGUCAUGAAUAUGGUGCUGUAGAUAAAUUCUGUGAUGCCAGGACUGGACAGUGUAAUUGUAUAAGUUAUGUUGGAAACAAGAUAUGUGACCAAUGUCAGGCUGGAUAUUGGGGAUUCCCUCGCUGUAGACCAUGCCAAUGUAUUGAUAGGAAUGCAGAUACGUGUGAUGAUUUAACAGGCCGAUGUGAUAAUUGUAAUGACUUCACUGCUGGUGACCAGUGUGAUAAGUGUUUGGAUGGAAACUAUGGUGAUCCUCGUAUAAAUUACGGCAUACCCUGCAGACCUUGUUUAUGUCCUGGAGGACCAACUAGUGAUGUACAGCAUGCUGAUUCCUGUUAUGAAGAUCCAAGACAGCAGUCAGUAGUCUGUAACUGUUAUCUAGGUUUCAAAGGACCAAACUACUUUGGAAAUCCAAAGGAUGUGAAUGGUACAUGUGAACUGUGUAUCUGUAAUAAUAAUAUAGAUCCAAACAUUGGUGGAAGUUGUGACACCUCAUCAGGGGAAUGUCUCAAGUGCAUGUUUAAUACUGAAGGAUUCAACUGUGAGCAGUGUAGUCCUGGUUACUAUGGUGAUGCAACAACCCAGAAUUGUAAACAAUGUAUUUGUGAUCCCUAUGGAACAGACCCAACUGGUGGAGACUGUGAUAGAGUCACAGGACAAUGUCUCUGUCUUCCAAAUGUUAUUGGACAACAAUGUGACUCCUGUGCUGCUGGUUUCUGGAAUAUAACAAGUCAAAUGGGUUGCUCUUCGUGUGGCUGUGAUAUGCCUGGAUCUACUAGAGUAGAAUGCAAUCAGUUUGAUGGUCAAUUUAAUUGUGUACAGGGAAGAGGAGGAAGAGAUUGUGCCUCUUGUGAAGAUAAUUACUGGGGAGAUCCUACUGUGCAGUGUUAUGCAUGUGACUGUAACUACCAAGGCUCUGCUCAGACUCAGUGUGACAGAAGGUCAGGUCAAUGUGUAUGUCUGACAGGAAUCAGUGGUUACAAAUGUGAUCGUUGUGAUAGAGGCACCACAGGAGUACUCCCCAACUGUAAGCCUUGUGGAGAUUGUUUCAACAACUGGGACAGAGUGAUCAGAGACUUGUCAGCCCAAACAACAGACUUGAUUAAAAGUGCAGUAGACAUUAAAGCAACAGGUGUAGAAAGUGCCUUUAAUAAAGAAUUUCAGCAAAUGGAGGAAAAUUUGGAUGAAAUAAGACAGAUUGUUAGAAAUGCCAACAUUUCUUCAGAAGAUAUCAGAAAUUUAGAUAGUCUGCUAAAAUCUCUCAGGCAGCUUUUAUCAGAUGAGUUUAGAAGAUUGAAUAAUACAGAAAGUCAGUUCAAAGCAAGAAUGGAUGAUAUAAGAAAAGGAAAUAAUGAUAUUUUAUCACUCAAACAAAGAGUGGAGGAAUUAAAAAAAAAGGCUGAUGAUUUGAGAAGAAAUGCAACAGACAUUCAGGCCAGAGAUGUAGAAGGUGCCUUCAACAUAACAAAGGAGGCACAGCAAAAGUCGAGAAUGGCCCAAUCUAAAGUUGAUGGAACCCAGGGAAUGCUGAAUGAGUCUAUGAAAACAAGAGCUGAAGUGGAAAAAAUGCUGGAAGAAAAACGUAAUGCAUUUAAUCAGAAAAUACAGGAAAACGAAGCUGAAUUAAAUGAAAUGGAUGACAAAGUUUCAAGUCUUGGUAGUAGAAUAGCUGAUCUAAAUGAAAUGGUUUGUGAUGGAAGAGGAGAUCCUUGUGAUAGUGUCUGUGGAGGUGGGGGAUGUGGCAAGUGUGGAGGAAUCAGUUGUGAUGGAGGGGCUCUUACCAAAGCUGACAAUGCCAUUGAUCGGGCCAACCAAGCUAAACUGUUAUUAGACAUUAAAGAAGUAGAUGCCAAUACAAUGCUUACAGAGAUACAGCAAGCACAACAAGAAGCAGAAGAAGCUAAAGAUCAAGCCCAGAUGGCUUACAAUAAAGCUAUGAAAGCUAAAAAUCAAACUGAAAAAGCUAAACUCAUGUUGCAGAAUGUUCUUUCUGAUGUACAAGACUUCUUGGGAUUAGGUAGAGCAACACCAGAUGAUGUUAAAGAGAUAACUGAAGAGGUACUUGGUAUGAGUAUAUCACUGACUCCAGACCAAAUCAUUGAGUUGGCACAGAAAAUAAAUGAAACCAUUUGGGGUUUACAGAAUAUUUAUUCCAUUCUCAAUGCCACAAGAGAUGAUUUAGAUAAAGCACAGAAGCUGAAGGAGAGGGCAGAAAAUGCAAAGGGUGAUGCAAAUACUAUCCUAGGAAAAGCCCAGGAUGUUCUUGACAACUUGAAGGGAGCUACAUCUGCCCAGGAGUUAGCUACAGUUGCCAUUAAUAAGUCUGACACAGACAUAACCAAUGCUGAAGCAGACCUCACACAGUGGAGAGAGUUGGAGGCUGAAUUAGAAGAUCAGAGAGCUAAUGCUCUCAACAGCAGAAAGAAAUUAGAAAAUGACAUUAAGGAUCUUCGACAACAAGCAGAGCUAGCUGUUUUUGUAAAGGAAGAUGCUGUCAUUCAGCUUAAACAUGUACAGACUCAGAUGAAUGACAAUCAAACAGAACUUGAUGAAAAGCAAGCCUCCAUGAAGGAUAUAGAAAGGAAACUUGAGAAUUAUAAAGGUGAUGUACUGAAAUUACAAGAAGUUUUGGCUGCUUCUGACAGACAGAGAAGAAAUGCUGAAGCUGUAAGAGAUGAGCUAUAUAUAUUUACACUGUUUACAAGUUUGAGUUUUGGUGGGGUUAUUUUAGCAUGCUAA